AAAUUGAAUUAAACUAAAAUUAACUUAAAUUAAAAGAAAUUCUUAGGAAGACAUAGCAACUUAAAGCAAGAUUUGGAAGUUAUCAAAGGAAAUUGGAAGUUUUUAGUUCAGCUCCUUGACUCUCUUUUACUUAAAAGCAGGUCAACAACGCAUACACAGAGUACAGCACUUCAUUGAGCUAAAAAGCAACAACAACAACAGCGGCAGCAGUUUUUCACUUAGCACAUUAAUUGGCAGCAACAAAAUCGGUUACUGGCAGGAAAAGUGAAAGUUUGCAUACAGAAAAGAGAAGCAAAAAAACACAAAAUUUUCCAACUCUUUCGAUAACAACUAUCAAUCCAUACAUACAUACAUACCUGCGCAUAUAUUACUGAAGCGUAAAAGCAUUAAAAUUCAACUGACAGCUGUCAAUUGCUUGUCCACAAUAAAUCAGUCAAGCGCAAAACCCCUUACCUUACCGACCGAUAUUCAAUAUCACCACACAAAUGUGGCGAAGGCAACAAGCAACCGCGACGCCGGAGACGACGACGACAACGUACGGUGGCAUCACAUUGAUCAUCUUUAGCAGCGCUUUGUUGUUGUUAUUUAAUUUAAUGCAAACAGCAAGCGAGGCCACAGCACGUAUGACAGCUGACAGCGGUGGUGGUAGCGGUACAGAGCUUGAGCUGGAUAUGUUAGAAGCUACAGAAACGACGGUGUGGCCCGAUACGAGCACAGUAGCGCAUGCUGAGCACAUGACCAGGCUGGAGAGCACGAGUGAGCUAAAUCAGUUGGGCGCAAAACAAAUGUGGGCGAAAGUGCAGCCGGUGAAUGGAACGAAUUUAGGCAAUACUCUAAACCGCUCGCACCCGUUUGGCCAAAAGUUGCAACGUGCUCAACGUCGUCGCACAUUCUACGAGUACUGCAUGGCACAUCGUAACUCUUUUGCCGAUCUCGCCACACUCGUACUCUACUCGCUCGUUUGCCUGGUCGGUUUGUUCGGCAAUACGCUCGUCAUUUAUGUUGUGCUGCGUUUCUCGAAAAUGCAAACCGUCACGAAUAUUUACAUACUAAAUCUUGCCAUUGCCGAUGAGUGUUUCCUUAUCGGCAUACCGUUCCUUAUUUACACAAUGCGCAUUUGUAGCUGGCGUUUUGGGGAUUUCAUGUGUAAGGCGUAUUUGGUGAGCACGUCCAUUACGCAAUUUACUUCGUCCAUUUUUCUCCUUAUCAUGUCGGCUGAUCGUUAUCUUGCGGUUUGUCAUCCGAUCGCUUCGCCAAAAUAUCGCACGCAACGCAAUGCUAAGAUCGUAUCGGCUAUCGCGUGGCUCACCUCGGCUGUACUCAUGCUACCGGUUAUACUUUAUGCGAGUACUGUGAGUCAGGAGGAUGGCGUUAAUCUCUCGUGCAAUAUCGAAUGGCCGGAGACAUAUAAAAAGCACUCGGCGACUACUUUUACACUCUACACUUUCUUUCUCGGUUUCGCUACGCCGCUUUCGUUCAUAUUAUGUUUCUACUAUCUUGUCAUACGUAAGCUACAUGCUGUGGGCUCGAAGCAUAAGUCGAAAGAGAAGAAGCGCUCGCAUCGCAAGGUCACUCGUCUGGUACUUACAGUCAUUACUGUUUAUAUACUCUGUUGGCUGCCCUAUUGGAUCUCACAGGUGGCGCUCAUCAACUCGAAUCCCAUGCAGAGUCAACUCUCACGUCUCGAAAUGCUCAUUUUUUUGCUACUCUUUUGCCUUGUCUACUCGAACUCUGCAAUGAAUCCAAUUUUGUAUGCUUUUCUUAGCGACAACUUUCGCAAGAGCUUUUUUAAAGCUUUCACUUGUGUGGCAAAAAAUGAAGUGAAUGCACAAUUGCAGGCCGAACCGAGUCUGCUGCCGAAACAUGGUAGUGGCAAGCGUCGUCAGAAGCGUAUGCUUAAUGCAAAAACGCACGAUGAGCCACAUUUCAUAGCAACAACUAGCGCUAACAACAAUUCAUCGGUUACAACCUCAUCGACUACGACAGCGCCAGUGGCGGGCGAGAAGGUUACAGCAUUAUUGUUAGCAACAGCUACAGCUUCGACGGAGGGCUCCGCCUCAGCGCUGACACAACCGAAUGGUCGAUCCCUCGUGCGCUCUUCAACGAUGGAGGGCCAGGAAAUGGUACUUGUGGUGGAGCAUGAACGGCCGACGUGUGCGCUGGUGGAACGUGAAGAUGUGUGCGGUAGUAUGCUGCAGACGGAUUUGUAAAUGUAAUCUACGCUUAAGCAUUUUAUACGAAAAUAAUUAUAAGUUUUAAUGAAAUGAAUAUAUCUCUAUAGAAAUUU